AUGGCUGGUAAUGACGCAAAUGAGUUGAGUGGAAAGUCAUCGAGUGGCGAACCGCUUUCGUUGGCCGCUUUGGGGAAUGCACUAUCGAAGGCUGAGGAAUUCAAAAAUAGAUUGUUAACAGCAGAUGCCGAUAGGGAACGGCAAACACACGUGCACGAUUUGGAGUCGGAUUAUUAUAAUAUGGAAAACAAUGCUUAUUUGACAAAAGAGGAACGAGAAGCGAUAAUUGCCCGAAAAGAAGAGCUGAAACAAAUGCGUGCACGUCAGAAGAGAGCGUUGAUUGUGGAUUUUGAUUUGGACAAGAGAACCGUAAAUGAGACAAAAGAUCAGCAUGAGUAUGCGGCCAGCGAUCCUGUAAUCCAGUCAAUCAUCAGUAAAUCACACCAGAGACAACAACAAGAAAGUGGUGUAUUGAUGUCAAGACCGAAUUUCGAUUCCCUAUUCCCUUCGUUUACUCCGAAAUACGAUGAACGAUACGGUCACCGAAGUAAGAAUGUGCAAGGGUUGAGUGAUGAUGAACGAUUAGAAAUUGACGAUAUGUUUUUGAUACCGAGCGAGGAGAUGUUAUACGCUGAAGUGGAACGGAAAGGUUAUGCGAUACCCGUGCAACAACCACUUGCUUCAUUAUUAGCUGUGGGUAUCAGAAGGCAUAUUCCAUGGCCUGAAGAUGUGGAUCUUCGUGGACCGUUGUUCAUCGCUGCAACAGCAAGAGCAGCCACACAGGCUGAAAUUAGAGAUGAAGUACAGAAAUGUCGCGAUUUGGCAUUUCAAAAUGUUUAUGGCGAGGCUGAUGGCGGAUAUGGAGGACUGGAUCGGGAGUAUCCGUUAAGCUAUCCGAGUGGUGCGAUCGUGGGUCGAGCGAUGUUGAUGGAGUGUUUAUCGUUGGCUGAAUAUGUGGAGAGGUAUCCACAAGGUGAAUGUGCAGACUCGCAAGAAGGUUUCGUGUUAAUAUUCAAAGUGUUCGAUCCGUUGUUGGUGCCCAUUCCGCAUCUACCACCGCAGUCCUCUUCGCUUUCAUCAUCGUCUCAAAGUCAUGAACUUUACACGAUUAAUAAACAACUGAGGACUGCAAUCAAACACAUUCUUGACCCGUAUAGUUUCAGUUAA